CUAUAUCAGCGGCGCGGGUGCAGCCACGAGGCAUAGUCUGCUACUGGCAUCAGGAGCGGAACAUCGACUCGUCGGUGAUCGAUUAGUGCUUUGCUAAACAGCAGCGACAUGCCUGUGCAAGAGGUCGAAGGCUGGAGCGUGGAGCGCAGCUGGGGUACCGAGACCAUGAGCGGGCCGAUGACCAUGAUCGGGCCGGACAAGAGGCGUGCGCAACCUGUACAGGUGAAGGUGUACCGCACGUCGCUGGAGCACUUCGCGGUGGUGUUCCCGCAGAAGAAGGUGUGCCGGCCGCUGGGCGUGGUGAACCUGCGGCACGCGACGCUGUCGCGCCUGGACGGCGACGGCGCCGGCGCCGCCCCCGCCUUCAGCGUGCGGCACAAGGGCUGCGACGCCGCCGACGCCAGCCUCACGUUCGUGGCGGCGACGGCGCGCGACCUGGACGCCUGGCUGCACGCCUUCAGCUCCCGGUCGGCGUCGCCGGCGGCGCUGCCGCUGCCUGCCGUCGCCGAAGACGAGGAGGCGUAGGCGGGCCUCCGGCAGAGGGCAGAGGGCGCCAGACUCGAGCGCCACCCGCGAACGCGCUUCUCCGCUGGCGGCGGCGGCGGCGG